AUGAUUUUUAAUAUAGUAUUUCAUAGAGAUGACAGUGAUAUAGAUGAGGAUAAAGCUUUUGAAGAGGAAUUAAUGAGGCAGAGAAAAUUAAUUGACGAUGCUAUCAAAGCAGAUAAAAAGAGAUUAGAAACAGCAGCAGCAGAAGCAAAAGCAAAGGCUGAAAAAGAGAAAAAAGAAAAGGAAGAAAAAGAAAAGAAAGAAAAAGAGGAAAAGAAGAAGAAGGAAGAGAUAUUAAAGCAGCAACAAUCUGCUGCAACUUCAAUCGAGGGAAUGGAGGAAUAUAAGAAAUAUUAUGCAAAAAUUGAGUAUUACAAGACAAAAAUUAAGCCGAUGAUGAAAGAAGAUACUUUCCGUAAGCAAUGCUUUAAUGCAAAAAUGAUCAUAAAUCGAACUAUAACACAGCUUCAAUCAGAUCAUAAAAUUGUUUACGAAAAGUAUGAAUUUUUGAAAAAUCAUAUUUUGAAUAUUAAACAGCAAUCAAAUGAAGCAUUUGAAUUCUUACUUAAUCAUCUUUCAAAAGUAUUUUUGGCCCAAGUUAAACAAGAAAUACAUGCAACAGCAUUUGCAGCUUAUUUCUUGGCUCGAUUUGCUUGUUUAAUGUGCAGUGCUAUUCCAGAAUUUUUAGAUUAUCUUAUGGGUCGUUUAUUAAAACGCUGUCAAUAUCUUAUCCCUAAAUAUCAUGAUGAUGAUCCCACUCUUUCAGCCGAUGAAAUAAGAUCAAGAUUACGUUACAAUUAUUCCAACAAAGAAAAAAAGAUACUAGAGACAUUCUUAGAGCAUUCAGAAAAUCAAAAAUGUUAUAUCAUGUUUUAUAGCGCAUUAUGUCAAACUGUACCUGAUCCAGGUCAACCAGAGAAUCCUUUUCCAAUUAAAUAUGCUUGGAUUUGGUUAGCUCGAAUUUGUAAUAUGCCACCUCGUGAAGUGACACCUAUCCUAGUUCUUGGUUGUUUAGAAGUUAGUGCGAUUCGAUUACUAGAAGCUUAUCCUCAUCAAACUCCUAAACUUUUCCGUCUAAUUCGUGAAACUAUCUGUUCCAUGUACCCUAUAACUGAUAAUCAAGAUAAUCUUUCUAGUAUUAAGCAGCUGGAAAUGUUUCUAGAUGAAUAUUUCCAGACUGGUGUACCUAAAUGUAUUCCUGAGACUUUACCGCCAUCUGUUAAAUAA